UGCGCGACGCCAACGCUUUUGAACACACCCACUACACCUCCGAUCUCAAUCAGCCCCAUAAACAGGUUUACGUGGAACUUGAGAGAAACUUUUCCCUGCGAUGCGUCGUCGUAAUGCAGAUUAAACAGAAUAAUGGGAGACAAAUAUGAGAGGGGUCCGUUAACGCGCAGGAGGAGAACGACAAUUUCUGAGACCGCGUCUUCGGUCCUGAAUUCUAAACAAGCCAACGGGAGCAAGCCGGGUAAUGCUGGUGAAGCGUCCAGUGUCAACCAUGAAAAUAGUCCACUUAAGGUGCGGAACGCAUCAACGACACCACGCAAAGACAAGAGCUACAACGAUGCCAUCAAAGAAAGGCUCAGAUGUCACACCCCCCAGGAGUCCCUACUCAGCUCCGAAAGUGGCUACAGCAAUUACAGGGGGAUCCUUAACUGGUGUGUGGUUAUGCUAGUUUUGAGCAAUGCACGCCUUUUCCUGGAGAACCUCAUCAAGUACGGGAUACUUGUGGACCCCAUCCAGGUGGUGUCCCUGUUCCUUAAGGACCCCUAUAGCUGGCCUGCAGCGUGCCUUAUCAUUGCCUCCAAUGUGUUCAUAAUGGCAGCUUUGUACACGGAGCGGAGGCUCUCUGUGGGGACUAUCUCAGAGGGCACCGGAACAUUCCUCUACAUCAUCAAUCUCUCGACCAUUUUGAUCUUCCCCGCGGCAACUGUGUUGUCCGUUACCUCCAUGACCCCAGUGGGAGGAAUCCUAGCCCUGGGCGUCUACACGAUCCUGCUCCUGAAGCUGUACUCCUACAAGGACGUGAACAUGUGGAGUCGCGAGAUUAGACACGCCAAGGCCCGCACCCUCUCCCGCUCGCAAUCCUGCCCAUCUGUGCACAGACUCAAUGGGAUGGCCCACGCUCAGGUGACCUACCCGGGCAAUCUCACACACAGAGAUUUGUAUUACUUUGUUUUCGCCCCGACACUGUGCUACGAGCUCAACUUUCCCCGGUCUCCACGGAUACGUAUCAGGUUCCUCAUAAGGAGGCUGUUUGAAAUGCUUUUCUUCAUGCAGUUGCUGGUGGGACUGAUACAGCAGUGGAUGGUCCCUACCGUUCAGAACUCCAUGAAGCCAUUUCAGGACAUGGACUUCUCCAGGAUGGUGGAGCGUCUGCUGAAGCUUGCAGUCCCCAAUCAUUUCAUCUGGCUCAUCUUUUUCUAUUGGUUUUUCCACUCCUCCACGAACUUUGUAGCUGAGCUGAUGCGGUUUGGCGACCGGGAGUUUUACCGGGACUGGUGGAACUCCGAAUCUGUCACAUAUUUCUGGUCUAAUUGGAACAUUCCAGUACAUAAGUGGUGUCUCCGCCACUUUUACAAGCCCAUGCUGCGCAGAGGUGUGAACAAGCUGCUCGCCCAGACCGCCGUAUUCCUGGUGUCCGCCUUCUUUCACGAGUAUUUGGUGAGCGUGCCUCUGAAGAUGUUCCGUCUGUGGGCAUUUAUGGGCAUGAUGGCGCAGGUUCCGCUGGCCUGGUUUGUGGGACGGUACCUGAGGGGUAACUACGGCAACGCUUGUGUCUGGAUCUCACUCAUCAUUGGCCAGCCCAUCGCUGUGCUCAUGUACGUCCACGACUACUAUGUGCUGCACUCCCAAGGGGAACCCUACAAAAUGGCUGGACAGAAUUGAUGAAGCAACACAGUCGUUCCCUCCGUUUAGGAAAAUACAGAAUGUAUAUGAACAGUAUAUUUUUAAAGGGAAAUCUUUUCCAGAGGAAACCGCCUCAGCCCGGAAAGGAUUGUAAGAAAUUAAUAUUGUAUUCCAGUUGAAGAAUCUUCCCCAUCCGAGACCAAUUCUCUGCCAUUGCACUGGGCGGAGCUAGUUGUGCUGGAAUAAUGUGCAAUCGUCCUGACACCACCACUGCCCAACCAAAGCACGAGAACAUUUUUUUAAUGCCUUUUCAUACUUGAAACUCCAGCACUAUAAUGAUCAAUGCAAAUGUGUUCUCAUAUACAGAAUGUACCUGCCUACUACUGGUAUUCGUAUGAGUGGUCGCUGUUGCCUAUUGCAAUGCUUCAUAUGCUGAAAACUUUAUUUCUCCUCUUGUAAUGAUUGUUUCUAGUAUACCAGUGGCGUUUUGUGUGUAUUUAAUCAUAUGUAUUUAUUUUUCUAUAAUUAGUGUGAUCAGUUUGAUUUCUGAAAUAUGAUUGUGUUCGCUCUUUGCACUUUAUCAAUAUGCAUGCGCGUAGUUUGCAAAGCUGUGGUGGUGUUCCUUUUAAAAGGAACAUGGCGCAAUAAGACUUUUAAUUUCAAUUGUGAAUUAUUUUAUUCGCACAGUGAAAGCAGUGUUAUUCAGCAAUGGUGACUGAACAAUGAGAUGAAAUGUGAUUUUUUAUUUUUUUUUUGGUUGUUGACCUUUGUUGUCAUGAUGUCAAGUUGAAAUGCUUCAGUGUUUUUGGUAGAGAGGUUUUUCCUUUGAGUCAAAUUCUGUCUGCACGCAUCUUAGGGUUGUGUUGCAUUUUAAACAAACCUGUUGCCAAUUCUUACUUGUGCCUGUAAGCUAUCUAUACCAUCAGUAUAUGAGAAAUUCAUUCUGGUAUCCAUUUCCACAGUUCAAACAAAGCACAUUAUUCUUAUUGUUUUUACAUUGAUGUUUAAACAAAAAUAUUUAGCUUAUUGAAAGAGCUUUCUUGUUUUCAAUGGAAAGGGAAAAUACCCAUAAUUACUUAGGGCUUAACUUCAUUAAGAUGCAGUUAAUUUGUUCAUCUGAUUUUAUUCCUGAGCAUUGCUUUUAUUUGGCUUUCUAUUAUGUGAAAGCAGAUCUUGUCAAACGUUUUGUAAUUUGUUCUAGACCUGAUGUCAGUCAAAUGCAAAGACGUGUAUUAGCAACCCCUAACCAUUCAGACAGCCAAAAACACCAUCCUGAAAAUCAAAAAGCUGCAAGCAAGUGUAUCUUGUGAGUCUGGGUUUUGUCCUCUUGUGUUUUACCUGUUCUGGAGAGGGUUUUGUAAGUACAAUGCAAUGCAAUGCAGUACUCAGGUGCAUUUCUGUGCUCUGAGACCUUGGCAGCUGCGUCACCAGUGAAAUAAAAUCCUGCCCAUG